CUUGAUUCAUUCCAUCAAUGUGUAUUUAUCCAACACCACCACAGAAGGAUGUCGGGGAUCCAGUCAAGAAUCAUACUCGCCCCCUGCCCUUGGGCUGCUGGUGACCUGAGUGGGGCUGAGAAUAACAGACACCUACCAGGUAAGAAAAAGGCAGCAGCAUUGUUUGACAGCCAGGCCCCUAUUUGCCCUAUCUGCCAGGUCCUGCUAAGGCCCAGUGAGUUGCAGGAACAUAUGGAGCAAGAACUGGAACAGCUGGCCCAGCUGCCUGCCAGCAAGAAUUCCCUUCUGAAGGAUGCCAUGGCUCCAGGCACCCCCAAGUCCCUCCUGUUGUCUGCUUCCAUCAAGAGGGAAGGAGAGUCUCCAACAGCAUCACCACACUCCUCUGCCACUGAUGACCUGCACCAUUCAGACAGAUACCAGACCUUCCUGCGAGUGCGAGCCAACCGGCAGACCCGACUGAAUGCUCGGAUUGGGAAAAUGAAACGGAGGAAGCAAGAUGAAGGGCAGGUAUGUCCCCUGUGCAACCGCCCCCUGGCAGGAUCGGAGCAGGAGAUGAGUAGGCAUGUGGAGCAUUGCCUUUCUAAGAGGGAAGGCUCCUGUGUGGCCGAGGACGAUGCUGUGGACAUCGAGCAUGAGAAUAGCAACCGCUUUGAGGAAUAUGAGUGGUGCGGGCAGAAGCGGAUACGGGCCACCACUCUCCUGGAAGGUGGUUUCCGAGGCUCUGGCUUCGUCAUGUGCAGCGGCAAGGAGAAUCCGGACAGUGAUGCUGACCUGGAUGUGGAUGGGGAUGACACUCUGGAGUAUGGGAAGCCACAAUACACAGAAGCUGACGUCAUCCCCUGCACAGGCGAGGAGCCUGGUGAAGCCAAGGAGAGAGAGGCACUCCGGGGUGCAGUCCUAAAUGGCGGCCCUCCCAGCACACGCAUCACGCCCGAGUUCUCUAAAUGGGCCAGUGAUGAGAUGCCAUCUACCAGCAACGGUGAGAGCAGCAAGCAGGAAGCCAUGCAGAAGACCUGCAAGAAUAGUGACAUCGAGAAAAUCACCGAAGAUUCAGCUGUGACCACGUUUGAGGCCCUGAAGGCUCGGGUCAGGGAACUUGAACGGCAGCUAUCCCGUGGGGACCGUUACAAAUGCCUCAUCUGUAUGGACUCAUACUCGAUGCCCCUAACGUCCAUCCAGUGUUGGCAUGUGCACUGCGAGGAGUGCUGGCUGCGGACCCUGGGUGCCAAGAAGCUCUGCCCUCAGUGCAACACCAUCACAGCGCCCGGAGACCUGCGGAGAAUCUACUUGUGAGCUAGCCACCCCCAGCAGGCCUUGCCUGGAGCAGCCCCACCUGCCCGCCUCUGUGACGUGACCCUCCCCCUUGUACAUAUUUGCACACAGGUUCCCCAUGUACAUACAUGCGCACACACACGUGCACAUUCGUGUGCGUGCACACACACACACACACACACACAUACACACACACGCACACACGCACACACGACUCUGGAGCCAGAGUGGAGGCUGAGACCCAGGCCUUGCCUGCUGGUUCCCACCAAAACUGAGGACCAUACUGCUGUUUGGGGUUUUGUUCCCAAGGUGGGGCAAGGAGGUGGGAGUGAAGGGGAAUAGUUGGGCAAGGCUCCUGAGAUACAGCCCCC